CUCCGGUCUCGCUGCCAGCUUCUCACAGAUCAAUAUAAAUCAGACUGCUAGGGAACGCAAAACAGUAUUGCAUUAUCUCGCAAAAGUUUUGCGAGGGAACGUUUGUUCUUUUUUUUUUUUUUUUUUACCUAUCAUAUUUUUUUCUCCAUGUCCCCUCCGGGGCUCCGUCAAGAAGAAAGAAAAGAAGACGAAGAAAAAGAAAAAGAAAAAAAUGAAGUUUGGAAGUGAUUGCAAAUGAGCUUUGUUGUUUUGCUGAGUUUGUACUUCGGUCAUCACUGAUGUAAUAGAGAGACUGUUUACAUCUUAUUGGCUUUGAGAGAGAAACGUGGACUUCGAAGGGUUUUUUUUCGCCCUAAAUGAGCUUAUUUCGCUACCUUUGAGGUUAGCAACAAGUUGCAACGUAGCCAGCUCAAAAUGCGUGCAGUCCAAAUGCUGAGAGCGUUAAUGGUGCAGCGACUAAAUGCUACUGUUGAAGAGAUAUUUGGACUGUUUGAAAGAACCAUAGCAGAGUACGAGGAGGAACUUUCUCGAACCAAAGUGGAGAAUGAGCGUCAACGCGAAUUGCUGGACAAAAUCUUCAAACAGCAUGCCCGAUUACAUAAAGCAGAUGUCCAUGAGGUGUCAGUGAAGAGUCAAAAAGAGAUUCCUUUUGAGUGGAGCUCCGGUGUCAACAAUAAAGAGGAAGAGGAUGAACAACAGAUGACAACAGAAGCUGAUGGAGAGCAUUUUGAAGAAAAUACCCACUCAGAGCCAGACAGCAUCUUUGCACCACUGUCAGAUAUGGACGACACGUCAGACUCUUCCGAGACCAAUCACAGGGAUGACACCAAAGAAUCUUUGGAGAGCAACAAGGACUCUAAAGACGUCCAGCAGGUGUCAGUGGAGAGUCAAGAAGAGAUUCCCUCUGUGCAGCAGGAGUGGCGCUCGAGUGUGAGGCAGUUGAAGCCAGAGCCCCCCGACAUUAAAGAGAAAGAGGAUGAACAACACAUCACAACAAAAGCUGAUGAAGAUUUUGAAGACAAUAUGCAAUCAGAACCAGAUUGGGUUUUUGCUCCACUGUCAGAUACCAACGACAUGUCAGACUCUUCUGAGCUUGAUCACAGUGACAAUGCCAAAGAACCCUUGGAGAAAAGCAAGGACUCAAAAGGUGAUAUGACACAUCACACUAACAACAAACACUUUGAAUGCUUUGUAUGUGGGAAAUCAUAUGUCCAGAGGAAAAGUUUGAAAAGACACAUCGUAACACACACUGGAGAGAAACAUUUUUCAUGCUCAGUUUGUGCUAAAAGAUUCACCUUAAAGGAAUAUUUGACAAGACACAUGGUGAUACAUACAAAGAAGUCCCAUAGCUGUUCAGUUUGUGCCAGAAAAUUCAGAGGGAAGUAUGACUUGAAAAAUCACAUGAGAACACACACGCAUGAGAAACCUUUUCCCUGCACUGUUUGUAAGAAAUGUUUUACUAGUCGAUCAGCUCUCAAGGUACACAUGAGAAAACAUGCAGCAGGAAAAUGUUUGACCUCUAGAAGCUCAACUCAACACAUGGUAACAGAAGAUGAUGGAGAGCACUGUGGAGGAUCACAAGCAAACAGUAAUUUUGCUCCACUGUCAGAUAUGAAUAACACAAUGUCAUACUCUUCUGAGACAAAUCACAGAGACAAAAGUUACCCUGUAAGCGUACAGUUGAGUAAACACAUGGCAACGCACACUAGAGAGAGACUUUUUGCUUGCUCAGUUUGUAGUAGAAGAUUCUUCUUAAAGCACCAUAUGAUAAGACACAUGAGCAUACAUACGGGGAAGAAACCUUUUCCCUGCUCAGUUUGCACUGAAAGUUUCAAAUGUAAGUACGAAAUGAUCAGCCACAUGAGCGUACACGCUAAAAAGAACCAGGUUAAGAAACACACGAGUCCUGGUGACACACUAAAUGAAGUUGCUGGGAUUUAAAUGUCAGAAUGUGACUUUGUAACAUGACAGUUUGACAAAUUAAAGUUGCUGUCUCCAGCAAACUUAGGUAUUUCAUGGGUAAUUCAUGGGGGUGCUGGCCCUCAAACUGUAUACUUCAACCACUUUCUGCUCCGAAGUUGCAGGCCAUGCCCCUUGCAACACAUACUCACGCACAUUAGUUAUGUUUGUUGUCAGCCAACCAGUGGUGGACAGUCAGGGCCAGCAAGGCUUUUUCUGCUGGCCUAAACACUAUCAGAUGCAUUGACCUACAUUUACAGCUUAAUUUUGUAAUAUUUGUUGCAUAAAAUUGUAUUAAUUUAUUGCACCUUUGAAUUACUUUCAUUUAGUAGUGUGACUCUUGGAUGCACUGCUUCCAGUAAUGUAUUUGUAUGUUCGGCUGUUUUUGUCCAGCCAGGUUUCAUCUUCUCUGUGUUACUAUGUUAUUCUAAUCUGACCUGGGUCUUCAGAAGCAGUAGUGCUGCCCCAUGUCACAUACACACUACUAGCAAGGGGGCUGUUUUUUUUAACCAGUCAGAUUUCAGAUUUGCCUCUCGGGGCCAGCUAGCUGGCCCACAGUACCGUCAGCAUUGUUCCGUCCUCUGAUUGGCUGAUCAGAAUAAAACUGAUUGACAAGCCAAGUUAUACCCACAAUCCCUGACUGAGGAAGAGAUAUUGACAUCUUUGGUGAGUAGAUGUAUUUGACUUAAAAAGUUACAUAUAUUUGUCAUGUCAUCUUACCUCAUGUUAUGUAAUGAUGAUGAAGUGUAGGGUUUGGAGUUGUCUGAACCCUUAAUCAAUGAGCUGUUCUAUUUACACUCAUCACAUUUGGCUGAGCAUGAACUUUACAAGCACUGAUCUACCAUAAAUUAGUCAUAAAUAGCAGCAACAGUAUAUUAUUAUUGAUACAGUAUAGGUAUCACGGUAAUCUGAUCAGUUACUAAUUUUGUUGGAGUUCCAUAAUCUCUAAGUGCCUGCAUGGCGUCAUGCUGAUGAUGAUAAUGAUACUCCUGGCCGGCGAAGCCCACUGAAGAAUUCGUAUAAUUUUUUUGUUUUGUUAUACUGGCUCUCACAGUAUCAGGCGAAAAAAUAUUCUGUCCGGUUAAGUCCUCACUGAAGGCUCAUGUACCAAAUGCACUGUUUGCCACUGCAGCUAACUAGCUAUUUACCAAAAUUUUGCUACUAAAGCUAGCAAUUAUUGAAUGUAUAGCCUAUCACUGUAGUUGUACAUGUGCACGCGCUGUGAAUACCAGACGGCAGUAAGCGAAAUCCGUGCAUGGUAAUCCUCUUAUUUGAAACGAAACAAAAUUUUUAUGAAGUGUAACUUUUAAUUUUGUUUUUUUAAACUACUAUUGGUAUCCUAACCAGAGGUGGUGUUCUGAUAUUUUUUGGUUGAAAAAAGUGUACUUUGAAGCUGAAGAGGGGCAGCAGCAUUCAUUGCUGUAAUUUUUUUGCAAAUGCAAAUUGAGCAGAAAUAAUGUCAUUCUUCAGUGCUGUUUUGUGCCUGCAAAAAUGUUGCAACUGUUUUUCUUGAAGCCUCUUGCCUUCUUCGCAACCAAACAAGUUGUCAACCAAAAACAUGCUUGGAAUGCCAAUAAAAAAUAAAGCAAUGCAAAGCAAGUGUCUUGGUCCUCACUUAUAUAAAAAAAAAAAAGGACUACGCUUCACUGCCUCUAGGCGCGAUCAGACAGGUACACCUGUGGACUCAAAGUGGAAAACAAUUGUCGCACAGCUUUCACAUGUUCAUGACAUCACAUCUCUGGCCAAUGUGUAAUUAAAAAAGCAGUUAAUACAUAGCUAACAGCAUUUUGUGAUGAGAAGAAAACACAAGUCAACACACACGUGACACACAACUUAACUUACCCACUGCAUCAUGUGGGCAUACAAAUAAACAUCUUUGCAUAACACACAUGUCAAGAUUACACCCAUGUCUUCCUGUUGCAAGGCAUGCUGGGUAGAUUGCAGGACUCUCUCCCUCCCAACGUGUUUCCAUGUGCUAUUUUUACAUGAUGAAGAGAGGCUAAGGCCUGUACUAUGAAGCAAGCUUAACUUAUCCAGGACCUCUUCUUUCUUGUCCGGCUUGACCAACGCUAACAACAAAGAUGUGGGAUAAGCGGUACUACGAAGCUGGAUUUCAACUUCAUUAAUCAUGUCGGGAUUUUCUAGUCUUGUCAUUAAAGUACAAAAUAAAACUAAAUAUCUGCAAUAAGUUAUCAAAGUUAGAGAUCGUUUGAUCAUUGAUCAUUUGCAGAACAAAGAUGCUACAGCGAGGGACAGCCAGGACAACAGGUAAAUGCGAGGGUUAGUUUCAUGCUCACCCCCAAACAAAGAGAAUGAGUACAAAGACAAAGACCCACGGACAGAACAGCCCAACAUAAGAACAUCCCUAUUCAGAACACCACCAAGACCAAUCGGAUAAUAUAUGCAUCAGGUCUAUCAGUAAGGUCAUGUACGUGUGCAUUGGUGUUUGACUCCACUCACUCGUCGCUUCAACAGCGUGUAUACUUCCAGUUUCCUCUCCAGCGCUAAUCCUUCUGGGUAAUGUAGUACACAUCCACAUUAAUCAACACAAUUAACACCUCCAAAAACGUAGUCGCACAGUGAUUAUGAAUCUGUUUAAAUUGUAGGUUACAUUGACUGCAGAUCUCAGUGAAACUGUGUAAAUGUACUGUAACUCCGUCAAUAAUAAAAGAUUUGAUUUUAUAUAGCACUUUCAAGGCACCCAAAGUGCUUCACAAUGAAGUGAACCCAAUAUUCAUUCACUCCUCAGUCACACACUGUUAUAUAUCUGUAUCCACAAACAGCCCUGGUUCCUACAGUAUAUACAGUUGACUGACGACUAUACAGUGAUUGACCAAUCAACAAUUGGGCACACAAGUUUGAAUUUAUUUAGGGUUUUGUCUGUACAGUAAAUUUGAUAAUUUAUCUAAUUGGGUUAAAAUUGAACACACAGGCUCAAACACAUACAGUCACCGACAUCAAGUGGUACUGAAAGUUCCCAAACGUCGAACUUGACAAGCCUGAGUCCUAAUAACUUCUUUUUAGUGAUCGAUUGACUGCAGUGGAUAGUGUCUUUUUGGCAACAUAUAAUAAAUUGUGGGCCGCACGCUGGUCUAGUGGUUAGCAUGUUGGCCAACACAGUAACAGUCAGGAGAUCGGGAAGACCUGGUUUCGAUUCGCCCUUGGGCAUUUCUGUGUCAAUUAACAUAAAAGGUGCA